AUGGAUUUCGGCGCCCCCCAACCCCGUGGCUGCUUCACCUGCGGCCAAACCACCCACCAGGCCCGUGAUUGCCCCCAGCGCGGUCCGGCUAAGUGCUACAACUGCGGCAACGAGGGUCACAUGAGCCGCGACUGCCCCGAGGGCCAGAAGGAGGCCAAGACCUGCUACCGAUGCGGCCAGGCCGGUCACAUCUCGCGCGAGUGCCCCCAGGGCGGCCCCUCCGGCGGUGGUGGCCAGUCCGGUGCUGAGUGCUACAAGUGCGGUGAGCACGGCCACAUCGCUCGCAACUGCAGCAAGGGCGGCUACGGAGGCGGCGGCGGCAGCUACGGUGGUGGCUACGGCGGUGGCUACGGCUCCCAGCAGAAGACCUGCUACUCGUGCGGCGGUAUCGGUCACAUGUCCCGUGACUGCGUCAACGGCAGCAAGUGCUACAACUGCGGCGAGACCGGCCACUUCUCGCGCGACUGCCCCAAGGGCUCCUCGACCGGCGAGAAGAUUUGCUACAAGUGCCAGCAGCCCGGUCACAUCCAGUCCGAGUGCCCCAACAACUAG